AUGGCAGAGUAUGCUGUCGCUCGACUUGACGAUUUACUUAACUGGGGAAGGAAGGGUUCUAUAUGGCCAAUGACUUUCGGUUUGGCAUGUUGUGCUGUUGAGAUGAUGCACAUUGCUGCACCCCGAUAUGACAUGGACAGAUAUGGAGUAGUAUUUCGAGCUUCCCCUCGCCAAUCUGAUGUUAUGAUUGUGGCUGGAACUCUCACAAAUAAAAUGGCACCAGCAUUGAGAAAAGUUUAUGACCAAAUGCCUGAUCCUAGAUGGGUUAUUUCUAUGGGCAGCUGUGCUAAUGGCGGUGGUUAUUAUCACUACUCUUACUCAGUAGUCAGAGGAUGUGACCGUAUCGUACCUGUAGAUAUCUAUGUACCUGGUUGCCCACCAACUGCUGAAGCCUUGCUUUAUGGAGUCCUACAAUUGCAAAAGAAAGUCAAGAGAAUGAAGACAGUUCAAAUCUGGUAUAGGAAGUAA